UGUGCCACAAGCGCCCAAAUUUUACUUUUAAACAUGGACGCCAACGACACUCAAGGCAUUCAAGCUCUCCUGGAGCAAUUACAACAUUCUCAGGCUUGGAAAGAUGCUGUCGCCUCCUCGUAUCCUGAUGGAAGCCCUCAACACAUUUUAGAUACACCACAAUCUAGUUCUGCACCCCAGGCUGUUUCCGUCGCAGCCCUUCUCUCUCAACUCCAGACCGAACCUCACCCGAAUGUUGUUGACACGUCACAGAAUCAUCAUCUUGCCGCCUUCCAAAACGACGCAUCCGAAUCUUCCUUUUCGAUGACCCUUCCUGCUUCUAAUAACUCAGUGCACAGAGUUGACGACCACCGGUACUUGACUUUUCAGCAAGCGCUUCCCUUGAUAGCAAGGAAAUCUGCGAGCCCGUUAUUUGCAGAAGCUUUGAAAGCUAUGAAGCAGGAGCAAGAGAUCCUCGAAAUCAAACUAUCAGACGAGAGAAAGGCUAUUCUAUCGAAGUACGAAACAAGAGUAAAUGUUGCAAAAACGAAGGCAUCCAUGAUUGGCUCAGGAAUAUCGAGGCACGAAGCUAAUAUGUUGGUGGAUGCUUUCGAGAAAGAGUUGAAACGAUUCGAUGUUGAGCGGGUGCUUCCUGCAUGGGAUGGGCUUGUUUUACAGCAACAAGAAGCACUCUUCCAGAUAGGCGUACCAACCAUGUUUGCUACAACGGAGUUAUCAGAAAGAGAGAAACAACAGAAGAUCAUGCAGGUGCUGGAAGGCCUCAUCUGAAUUAUUUAGUGAUGAAGCCGGCCUGUCUUGAAAAUAUCAAUACGGAGUUUACAUGUACCUCCCUCUGUACUAGUACUUGAUUUUUGAUUGUACAUACAUGUAUGUGAGUUCACUUACUUAGAUGUUUUGG